GCGCAAUUGCAAAUUGAAAACGGGGGAGAGAAAAGUCGCUCUUUCUUUCUUUCUUUCUUUCUUGGAGGAUUUCAUUUGGGCUUGUUGAAUCUCCUCCAUUGUUAUUAUCCAAAUCUAUCAUUCUCUUCCAAUUUCUCCUUUCAAUCUCUCUCCCUCUCUCUCAUUCCUUUCCAUUGCAUCAAUCGUCCUCUCCUUUUCCAUUUUCCUUCCAAUUUUUCGCAUUUUCCCAGUUUCACAUCCUCCAUCAGUUUCCUUUUCCAUUCGAAUCACAUGUUUUCUCGGCCACCAAAACACAUACUUCAUUCAGACUUAUACACCCUUGUCUUUCUCUCUGUUCCGCUUCAUUCCAUUAUUUAUUUUUAUUUUUAUUGUUUUAAUUUUCUUUUGUGGAUUUGUCAAUGUCAUUAAAAUUGUUUAUGUACAUCGUCUGUAACCACGUGCAAAACCCCUUGUCUUUCAUAUAUAUACAUUCAAUUAACACCAUUCGUUACAACAAUAUUUUUUGAAUUGAAUUGAAGUGGGUUUGGGGAUCAAGUUGGGUUUUUGUGUGUGGAUUGGCAAUGAAGCUCUUGGUACGCGUAAUCGAAGCGAGAAAUAUACCGGCGAUGGAUCCAAAUGGGUUCAGUGAUCCGUAUGUGAAACUGCAGCUGGGAAAGCAGAAGUUCAGGAGUAAAGUGGUUAAGAAGUGCUUAAACCCGACUUGGUGCGAAGAUUUUACUUUUAAAGUCGAGGACUUGAAGGAAGAGCUCGUCGUCUCUGUUUUGGAUGAAGACAAGUACUCAAUUGAUGAUUUUAUUGGUCAAAUCAAAGUUUCUGUUUCUCACGUUUUGGAUGCCUUUGAAAAGUCACUUGGGACUGCCUGGUAUUCCUUGCAGCCCAAGAACAAGAAGUCCAAGAACAAGGACUGUGGUGACAUCCUUCUCUCCAUAUGUUUGUCUCAAAGCAGUUCUUUCAUUGAUUCGCACACUCUUAGUGACCACAUAACCCCCUUGAGGAAGUUUGCUGAUUCAACAAAUGACUCGCCUUUAAGGUCUUCUAGCAUCCCGGUGAGGUCACCUUCCCCAAUGAGAUUAGAAGAAGUUGCUUCUUCCAAGGAAGAAAAGUUGCAUGUACAAUCCUUUGCAGGCCGAAUUGCUCAAAUAUUCAAUAAAGAUAAUGCAUCCAACACCUAUAGUAGAGCCCCUGACUUGCCAGAGGUACCUGAAACUGUCAGACCCGAGAUUCCUGAGCCAAAUUGUGAUGAGGAGUCCUCCUCUGGCAGUUUUGAAGAAGCAAUGAAAACAAUGGAAUCAAGAGAUCAAGGAAGUGAAAUUCCAAGCAAUUUACCUGGAGGGAUAAUUCUAGACCAACUCUAUUUGAUUGCACCACAAGACCUGAACUCUUUACUCUUUUCGCCAGAUUCAAACUUUCAUAGAACUGUAACAGAACUGCAAGGAACCACAGAACUGCAAAUAGGACCUUGGAAAUUUGAGAACAGUGGUGAGAGCUUGAAAAGAUUACUUACCUAUCUUAAGGGUGCUACCAAAUUAGUUAAGGCUACAAGAGGAACCGAGGAGCAAACAUAUCUAAAAGCCGAUGGGAAUGUUUUCGCAGUUUUAGCAAGUGUGAGCACUCCAGAUGUUCCAUAUGGAAGCUGCUUUAAGACAGAAUUGCUUUAUUGCAUCACACCUGGACCUGAGCUGCCAUCCGGAGAACAGUCUUCCCGAUUAGUGUUAUCCUGGAGAACGAAUUUUCUGCAGAGCACUAUGAUGAAGGCUAUGAUAGAAGGUGGAGCCCGGCUAGGUCUAAAGGAAAGUUUUGAGCACUACAUAAAUUUUUUAUCGCAACAAGUUAAGACAGUUGAUGCAAAGGACAUUGCUUCCAAUAAGGAACAGGUUUUGGCAGCUCUGCAGGUGGAGCCACAGUCAGAUUGGAAGCUAGCAGUUCGAUAUUUUGCUAAUUUUACCAUGUUAUCCACUAUUAUUAUGGGAAUAUACGUGCUUGUGCAUAUCUGGCUUGCCCCACCUAGCGUGAUCCAAGGACUUGAGUUUGUUGGGUUAGACUUGCCAGAUUCAAUUGGUGAAGUGAUUGUGUGUGGGUUCUUGGUUCUUCAAGGCGAACGGGUGCUAGGGUUGAUUUCACGCUUCAUGCAGGCUAGAGCACAAAAAGGAAGUGACCAUGGAGUUAAAGCACAAGGCGAUGGAUGGUUGCUUACUGUUGCCUUGAUUGAAGGAAACAAUUUGGCAGCUGUUGAUUCAAGUGGAUUCUCUGAUCCAUAUGUGGUCUUUAGUUGUAAUGGAAAAACUAGAAUCAGCUCAAUCAAGUUCCAGAAAUCUAAUCCUCAGUGGAAUGAAAUAUUUGAAUUUGAUGCAAUGGAUGAACCUCCAUCCAUGCUGGAUGUGGAAGUUUUUGAUUUUGAUGGACCUUUUGAUGAAGCUACAUCUCUGGGGCAUUGUGAAAUCAAUUUUCUGAGAACUAAUAUAUCAGAUUUAGCAGAUGUUUGGGUUCCUCUUCAAGGAAAGUUAGCUCAGGCAUGUCAGUCGAAACUCCAUUUAAGAAUUUUCUUAGACAAUACAAGAGGUAGCAAUGUUGUUAAAGAAUAUUUAACUAAGAUGGAGAAGGAGGUGGGAAAGAAGAUAAAACUUCGGUCUCCUCAAACAAAUUCAGCAUUUCAGAAACUCUUUGUGCUUCCACCAGAGGAAUUUCUCAUCAAUGAUUUUACUUGUCACUUGAAACGCAAAAUGCCUCUGCAGGGCCGCCUAUUUCUUUCAGCAAGAAUAAUAGGUUUCCAUGCAGAUCUAUUUGGACACAAGACGAAAUUCUUUUUUCUCUGGGAAGACAUUGAAGACAUUCAAGUGUUUCCUCCUACUUUGUCAUCAAUGGGCAGUCCAAUUGUUGUCAUUACUUUAAGGCCGGGCAGAGGUGAGGAUGCAAGGCAUGGUGCAAAAACACAAGAUUCAGAAGGCAGGCUAAAGUUCCAUUUCCAGUCUUUUGUAUCUUUCAAUGUUGCCCACAGGACAAUCAAGGCGCUUUGGAAGGCAAGAGCAUUGAGUCUUGAGCAGAAGGUACAAAUAGUCGAGGAAGAAUCUGAAGCUAAAAGCCUCCAAGUGGUUGAGGAGGAAAGUGAAGCUAAAACCCUCCAAACAGAAGAGAGUGGAUCCUACUUGGGCACUGAGGAUGUCAGCAUGUCUCUGGUUUACUCUUCCGUUCUCUCUGUUCCUACCAGUUUCUUCAUGCAAUUAUUCAACGGGAGUGAAAUGGAACGCAAGGUUAUUGAGAGGGCUGGUUGUCUUAAUUAUUCUUACAGUCCUUGGGAAUUUGACAAGGCUGAUGUAUAUCAGAGGCAGGUUUAUUACAAAUUUGAUAAUCGUGUCUCCCGUUAUAGAGGAGAGGUGACAAGCACACAACAAAGAUCUCCACUUCCUGAUAGAAAUGGUUGGCUUAUCGAAGAGGUCAUGACUCUUCAUGGGGUUCCACUUGGUGACUAUUUCAAUCUUAACCUAAGAUACCAAGCUGAAGAUAUACCUUCAAGAUCCACUGGAUGUAAUGUCCAAGUGUUUAUUGGAAUUGCAUGGCAGAAAAAUAGUAAAAAUCAGAAAAAAAUCACAAAGAACAUUCUUUCAGGUCUGCAAGAUCGAUUAAGGGUAAUGUUUGCCAUACUCGAGAAGGAAUUUAUGUUGGGAAAGUAGAUGGAUCCAGUGUGUUGGCGUUGUUGGCGUCAGUUUCGUGAACAAACUUGGAGGAGAGCUAUUCUUUUGGAGAACCUGUCUUUUCAUGAUAAACAUGCUUGAUGUGUGUUGCAGUUUGAGCUCCAUCCAGCUAAAGUUUUCUGAACUUGGCUCUGAGCUGCAUUGCGUGGGUCAAGAAGACAAGAGGACAUAGCUUAUGCUGAAAUCAUUGAACCGGGUAUGUUACAGUCGAUCCAUGAGGUUUUUCUUUCACAGGUCUGACAUAAACCAAUAAAUUGCUAUUUUCUCUCAGUUUGCAAGGAAAUGGUGGAAGGUAUAAAUGUUUGAGAUGUUUUGGGAUUUGUGACAAAUGCCAUGUAACUGUUUUAGUUGUAGAUUUUAUGAUGAAAUUAACUGAAACAUCAAGCUAGUUAGUAGGGCAUUUAUUUAUAAUGUAAUGAUUAAUGUAUUCAUGUAAUGAUUAUGUAUUUGAUUGGAGGGAGAAUUAUUUAUUUAUUGCAAAUAAAUUGAAUUUUCUGGAUGUAUUUAAAUUGGUA